AUGAAGGUCGCAAUUGUUGGAGCCACUGGCGCUACCGGAGGAUCCAUCGCCAAUGGCCUCCUGGAGUCUGACACGCAGUUUGACAUUACAGCCCUGGUUCGACCAAACUCGAUCGAGAAACCUGCGACAGUCGCUUUGAAAGAGAAAGGUAUAAAGGUAGUUGCCGUUGAUCUUCAAGGUAACCAGGAUGAGCUUGUGGCUGCUCUGAAAGGCAUUGACGUAGUCAUAUCGGCCAUUUAUUAUCAGGCACUCCAUGACGAGAUUCCUCUUUCAAUCGCAGCCAAGGCGGCCGGAGUCAAGCGAUAUGUACCUUGCUUUUUUGCAACUGUCGCGCCUCGAGGUGUUAUGAUGGCCCGCGAUAUUAAAGAGGAGAUUCUGGACCACAUUCAGCGCAUCUAUCUCCCUUAUACAGUGAUCGAUGUCGGCUGGUGGUAUCAGAUCACACUCCCUCUCGUACCCUCUGGGAAAUUUGAAGGCCGCCUCACGGCUCCAAACAACAACAUCAUCAGUGGCGGGAACAAACCAUCUGCUCUGGUUAGCCUGAACGACAUUGGAAGAUACGUUGCCGUUAUAAUCAGUGACGACCGCACUAUAAACAAAAAGGUCUUUGCAUACACAGAAUCGAAAACGCAGAACGAGGUUUUUGAACUGGUCGAGAAGGUUACUGGUGAAAAGCCUGAGCGCACAGAGAUGCCCAAGGAACAAAUUGAAGCUCAACUGGCACAGUUCAAAGAUACCACUGAGUUGUCGCAAGGGAAAGCAAUCCUGGAUUAUUGGAUGUCCUGGGGCGUUCGGGGCGACAACACCGCUGAGAAUGCGGUGUACCUUGGAUAUGUCCUCGCCAGCGAUCUGUAUCCUUCUCUCAAAGGCCAAAGCCUGGAAGACUUUAUCCGAGAUGUCCUCGACGGGAAGACCAAGUCAGUGCCAACUUCAAUUGCUGAGCCUACGAGCACGCUUGAAGCAACAGAUGUAUCAUCAGUCACCUCGUCGGUCGAAAUGACCACCACGUUGGCUUCGACUACGACCGCCGAGCCCACCACCAUUUCAGUUGCCACUACUACAUCAGCCGCCCCCGUGGGUCCCGAUCCAACUUCAUGUGCUGCUCUUGACAACCCAGCUACAGUCGGAGGCAAAACUUUCAGCAUCACCUGCGAUACGGGGGUAUCCUGCUUUCCGAUUGGCGAAUUUGAUGGAGUUGGCUUUCUCGGCUGUCUUCAGUCCUGUAGUGAGAAUAAUGACUGCGGGAGCGUUCUAUAUGAGAAGACUAGUUCCUCUUGUGUCCUAUGCUCAACCAGCUUUGGUGCAAGCCAUAACAGCGGGUAUGAUAUUGCAACUAAGCAAUAG